AUGCAAUUCGACAUAAGAAGAUUCGAUAUUUAUCGAAAAGUUCCUAAAGAUCUCACACACGCGACCACUACCGGUGCCGCUAUCUCACUUAUUUGCAUUACAUUUAUAUCAACAUUACUUCUCAUUGAACUCUAUUAUUUUAUUACGCCUGAUGUUGUCAGUGAAUUAUUUGUUGAUGCACCAGAUUUUGGUACCAGUAAUCGGAUACCAGUGCAUGUUGAUAUUACUGUAUCAGAAAUUCCUUGUCAAUAUCUUGGUAUUGAUAUUCAAGAUGAUCUUGGUCGACAUGAAGUUGGAUUUCAUGAUAAUACAUUAAAAACACCAGAUAAUAAUGAUAAAGGUUGUCGUAUUAAUGCUACAUUUACAGUAACUCGUGUACCGGGUAAUUUUCACGUCUCAACACAUUCCGCUGCAUCUCAGCCAACAAUUGGUGAUAUGAAACAUGUGAUACAUGAUUUAAGAUUUGGUGAUUCCAUAAAAGGUUUUCGACAAAUUCCAAAUCGAAAAGCAUUCCGUCCAUUAAGAGGUUUUAAUAAUACAAAUCAUCCUAUUCAUGUUUCACAUGAUUAUUUAAUGAAAAUUGUACCUACCAUAUAUGAAAAUCUUAGUGGAGUUCGUCGAUAUCCAUUUCAAUACACAUUUGUCUAUCGGGAAUUUAAUCCACAUCAAGGUGUAGUAGGAGCAAUAUGGUUUCGUUAUGAUAUUAUGCCAAUAACAGUUAAAUAUACUGAACGUCGACAAAAAUUUUAUACAUUUAUAACAUCAAUAUGUGCUGUUGUAGGUGGUUCAUUUACAGUAGCAAGUAUUCUUGAUUCAAUUGUAUUUACAGCAAGUGAAUUAUUUAAAAAAUUUGAAAUUGGUAAAAUGACAUAA